AAUUUGAAACAUCUGAAAAUUUAUUUACUAGUAUCCAUCAGCGUGUAUGGCAAGACUUAAACCCAGAAAAACUCUUUAACAAAAUAUGUUAAACCCAGAAAAACUCUUUAACAAAAUAUGUUAAACCCUAAUCCCUUUCAAAGCCAAACAUUUUUUUAUUACACCGCUCGUCCAGCUGUCACACAUGAAAUUUACCAAAAUGCAAAACCAGGGGAAAAAAUAUCCACCGGCUUUUCGUCUAUGGAAUAUGAGAUGCAAAUGAUUUUGUUCGUGGGGAGGAAUAAUUUGUUCAAUUUUCAUUUUGCCCUAGCAGUCACAAAUUUACACUCUCUGCGACAGCUGUAACUCGUGAUUUUACUGUAAAAAUUCUGGGAGUAAAGGCUUGUAGUGUUGCAGCGCGGCUAAAGCAUUUCACUGGACUUUCAUAAUUAUGAAUUAUAAUAUUUAGAGGAAUUUGUCCGCGGCAGUGAAAAGCAAAGGACAUGUUGGAGUAAUUUGAAUGAUGUAAGCUGUAAUGUGAAGAGAGAAGGGGGUAGAAUUUUGUUGAGGCAUGGCUACUCACAGGCUUUGCUUAACCAGUCACACAGAAAUUGUGCCUUAUUUACCUCUACUUCAUCUUCCUUUCUGCUUUGGGGCCAAUUCACAGGAGCUUUCUUUGGUUGAAGAUGGAGAGACUGCGUCGCGAGUUCGAGCCGCGGAGAGCUCUUCAGUAAUGUCUGUAGGCAGCAAAAUUGCAGAGCUUCUUAAAGCCACCGACGUCAGUUAUUUGUGUCUAAAAUAUCAUAUGAGAAAUGAGGAAGCUUUAGUUUCAAGUGAUACAGCAAGUGUUCUUGCAGCUGUUCUUGAUCAUGAUCCUAGUGCUUUCAGUUGUAAAACACCAGGUAAUGGCAAGCUGCGGGGUUUUCAGCAUUCUUCUUCUGAUAGAGGUUCUCAACAAAAUCAACACAGUGGAACUCCAUUGACAUAUAGUCAUAAAGGAUCUUCUGCCAAUCCUCAAGAUAUGCAAACACCUCUAUCUGCAACAAAGUCAAGGUUAAGAAGAAAAGUUGCUAAUGGAACAAAGAAUUCAGGAGAGAAUGCACCUGGAAUUGUUGAUCUUGGGAGGGAUACUGGUGUUGGCCAUCUCUGUGAAAUCGUGGAUGGGUUGUUUGAAAGAACAGAGCUACCUGGUGAAGAAGAUGGGGAAGGAUCUUCAUGUAUUCCCUUUUCUAAUAUCAAAGUAAUUGAAGAAGAAGUUAUGGCAGCAGAUUUGAGGAAAACUUUAAAUCUUGUUCCAGUUGGGCAUAUUGUUAAACUGUUGGAUAUACUCAGACAGUAUGUAUGCCACUCUUGCGAUAAGGCUCUUGGUGAUGAAGAUGAUGUUGAUUCUGACAACUACAUCAGCAUCAUGUCUGCAUUAGAGGCAGUUCAGCUUUCUCUCACAAUCAUGACUCAUCCAAAUAUGCCAAAGCAAGUGUAUAAAGAGGAGAUUAUUGAUAAAAUUGUUGACUACUCAAGGCAGCAAAUUGUACAGAGUGUUUUUAUUGCAUAUGAUCCUUCAUAUUGGAUGAUCCAUAAAGGUGGUGGAACUGAUGGUAUUGAAGAAGAACAUGUCAACCAACAUAGCAAGUCAGGAAAGAAAGGGCGUUGCCAGAGCAAGGGUUGGAAGACUAGAAAGUCAGCAUCCACCAAGGUUUCUACUGCAGUUUCAAAUGUGUUCUACAAACUCUGCAGUAUUCUUGGUUUAUUUAAGGAUCUCCUUUCAAUUGAACGACUCUUAGAUAGUUCUGUUCUUCAGCUGAUCAAGACAAGCCUUACAACAUUCACUAUUGAGAAUAUACAGCUAUUGCAGUUAAAGGCUAUUGGUGUUACAUGUGCGGUAUUCAGCUCAUACCCUGAGUAUCGAACAAUUAUCAUGGAUGAAAUUGUUCAGCUACUCUGGAAGUUGCCAUCAUCAAAGCGAAAUCUCAGAUCUUAUCAUUUACCAGAUGAUGAACAGAAACAGAUUCAGAUGAUAACUGCCUUGGUACUGCAGUUGGUUCAAUGCAGUGUCACUCUACCAGAACCAAUCAAGACAGCUUUUGCAGUUAAUGCUGCUGCUGCUGCUGAUUUUGAUCCAUCUAAGUGCUUUGAUUCUGCAGUUGAAUCCUGUAGAUAUUUCUGGGGAAAUCUUCUACAGUAUUUGUCAGUUCCCAGAUCUCAGGACAUUUCUGACAUUAAAAUCAUUAUUGAGAACCUUGUUAUAGAUUUAUUGAUAACAAUAAAUGUACCGGAGUAUCCUGCAGCAAGUCUUCUGCUUCAGAUUCUAUGUGUUCUACUUUUUGGAAAUGCUGGACUUAAGUCUAAAGAUGUAAUUGUGCGUGGCAUAGCAAUUGACCUUCUUGGCCAGAUUGCUGCUAGACUGAAGCGUGAUAGUGUGGUAUGCAGCAAUGAUAAACAUUGGAUCUUGCGGGAGUUAUGGGAAGAUAGUUCAGAAUAUGUUGUCCCAGAGGAGAUGUGUGUUGUCUGUCAAGGGCAAAGAACUGCAAACUUUAUGAUAGUUUGUGAGGGCUGCCAGCAAGUGUUCCAUGGUGAGUGCAUUGGUUACACUGGACAUAAUCAGACAAGCCGUGGUUGGGUCUGCUAUUGUUGCAUAUGCAGGAAGCAGCUUGCAUCUCUUAAUUCUCAUUUUCAAGUGCAAAGUGAGAAGCUUAAAGACAGUGAACCUUGCUUUCGAAUAAAGGGAGUUGCUGUUAUUGAGCAGAUCCUCUUAAACUAUCUUAAGGAAGUUGGGUCCACAGAUAAUUUGGUUACAUAUGCUUGCCAGUUUUACUUAUGUGAGUGGUUUAAAGAUGAACCAAAUGCAUUACAAAUGCUUCCAUUCUACCAUGGGAGGUGUAACUUAAAGGUUCAAUCUAUGGGCUUUGGAAUUGCUUCUGCUAGUUUCUCCAGGGAUGUUAUCACAUGCAUUUCAGCAGCUUUAGGGCAAAAGAGAGCUCUGGCGCGUGGAUUUGAUAAAAUUCUUGAUAGAUUACUGGUUAGUUUACAAGAGAACUCACCAACACUUCGAGCCAAAGCACUAAGAGCUGUUAGUACAAUUGUUGAAGCAGAUCCUGGAGUAUUAGGAGAUACACAUGUCAGGUGUGCUGUAGAGGGCAGGUUUCUCGACUCUGCUAUCUCUGUGCGAGAAGCAUCCGUGGAGCUUGUUGGUCGUCAUAUUGUCUCUCGUCCUGAUGUGGCUGAGAAGUACUUUAACAAAGUUGCAGAGCGUAUCAUGGACAAAGGAGUAAGUGUGCGGAAGCGUGUAAUCAAAAUUAUUCGAGAUAUAUGCAUUAUGCAAUGCAAUUUUGCGAAAACCACUGAUGCUUACUAUCACAUAAUUUCCAGAAUCAGUGACGAAGAGACUAGUAUACAGGAUCUUGUUUGUAAGACUUUCUAUGAGUUGUGGUUUGAAGAACCUUCCAGCAGUCAGACCGGUUUUGUUGGAGAUGGAAGUAUUGUCCCACUUGAAAUAGCAGAGCGAACACAACAACUAGUUAAUGUACUUAUUAUGUUGAACAACAAUCAGCCAUUAGUUACUAUUAUUAGACGCACAAUGGCAUUGGACUUCUGUGUGUCCAAAAAUUCUGGAACAAGUGCAGUAUCGCAGGCAGCUGUUCGAAAUCGCUGUGAACUAAUGUGCAAGUGUUUGCUAGAAAGUAUUCUGAAGGCAGAAGAAACAAAUACUGCUGAAUGUGAAAUCCAGGCACUUCCAUAUGUACUGGCCUUGCAUGCUUUUUGCAUUGUGGAUCCAACCUUAUGUGCACCUGCAUCUGAUCCAUCACGAUUUGUGGUCACUCUUCAGCCUUAUCUUAAAACACAGGCAUAUAAUCGAACCAUUGCUCAGCUGCUUCAGAGUAUUGUAUUUGUUAUUGAUGCAGUGCUACCUUUCCUCCGAAGGCCACCGCCGAAUUUUGUGGAAGAACUUGAACGAGAUUUGAGGCAGCUGAUUGCUCGAUAUUCUUUUCUAUUUGUUGUAGAUGCAUGUAUAAAGUGUCUUUGCGCACUCACUAAAGUUUCCACAAAAGGAGUGACCUCAUUUGGGUUCCUCCUUAAAAAGUUCUUCAAGUAUCUACAUGCUGGGCAUAAGGUUCUAUAUGGAACUACAGAUCAACCGCUUUUGCUGCGUUGCCUUUACUGUCUUGGAUUGCUUGUCCGAUAUGGAGCAGAACUGAUUGAUUGUGAGGAUAAAGGAGAUAUUAGUGUCAUAGAUAUUCUCUCUCUGUUCAAACAUUACCAUCAUUUGGAAGAUGUUGUUGUGAAGGCACGCUCCUUACAGGCCCUGGGUUUUGUUUGCAUUGCAAAACCUGAAUUUAUGAUGGAGAAGGAUAUCAGGAUUAUUUUGGAGGAAUCAUUAUCUUCUAAUUCAGACACACGGAUCAAGGUUCAAGCAUUGCGGAAUUUUUACGACUACCUGGUAGAUGUGGAGGAACAAAUGGGACAAGUGGAUAUUGAUAAUGAUAGUCGAGUUACAAAGGAGAAUGGUGCUGUUCCUGUUGCUGCUGGGGAGGGUGAUAACAAUAUCUGUGGAGGAAUAAUUCAAUUGCAUUGGCAGAACAUAUUGGAGAAAUGCCUUGAUGUAAAUGACCAGGUCCGGCAAUCUGCUCUCAAGAUUGUGGAGAUUGUGCUUCGACAAGGUCUGGUGCAUCCGGUGACUUGUGUACCAUAUCUCAUAGCCUCUGUGGUAGAUGAACAGGAGACAAACUCAAAUAUGGCUCACUCCCUAUUGAUUUAUAUGAAUGAGAAGUAUCCUUCAUUUUUUGAUAGUCGAAUUGGUGAUGGCAUUGAGUUGUCCUUUAGAUUCAUUCAGUCAGUACAUGGUAAAGUGUUUGAAGAUGGAAGUAAUAAUUUUGAUGGAAGCACAGCUGCAAGUGUGAAAGGAGGAAUAUCACGAAUCUACAAUCUUAUUAGGAGGAGCCGUGUUUCGAGAAACAAGUUUGUUUCAUCAAUUCUGCAUAAGUUUGAUCAUGGGAGCUUGGAGAAUUCAUCACUUCUUUUUCUUGUUUAUUGUACAGAAGUUCUUGCUUCUCUUCCAUUUGUUAAUUCGGAUGAACCUUUAUAUCUAGUGCAAGUGAUUAAUCGUACAGUGCAACCUAGGGCUGGAAACUUAGAAGCUAGUAUGAAGAAGCUGGCUUCUGAAGGACCUUUCCAGAAAAUAAUGAAGAGAGCACUCAAAACAGUAGAAGGGAACAAGCAUAAGGGGAACAAAGAAGUUGAUAGUUUCCAGGUUAUAAAGUUACGAACCAGUGGAGUCUUUAAAGCUCUUGAUGAAAUACAAGGAAUUACAGCCAACUCUAUUCAGAAAGUGAAGGCAGAUUGUCAUGCCGCAGUUGCCUUUUCAUUACUGUUAAGAUUGAAAAGACACAUGAAAAUUGUGUAUGGACUGUCUGAUGCUCGUUGUCAGGCGUUUUCUUCUACUGAGGCCAUUAGGUUGGGGGAUGUUUUGACUAAACAAAAUAUACCAUUUAGCACUGUGGGCAUUCCUACUGCUUCCCCUAGGACUGUGCAACAAGUGCUUGAACAAUAUCAGGUUCUUAAAAGGUCACUGGAAGAAGAUUCUUUUGAUUAUUCUUCUCCAGCCAAUGUAUCCAGGAAAAGGCCUCGGACCGUGGUUCUUGAGGCAGGCGAAGUUACAGGAGAUCUUCAGUCUAAUGGUCAUAUACCAUCAAAGAGCCUUAGAAGAAAGAAUUUAUUUGCUUUACCUAAGAAUGACAAAGGUGAGAUUAGUGAGGGCAACAGUGAAGAUGAGUAUCAACCGCACCAUAAGCAGAAGCGCCCUGAUAAUAAUGCGCCACCAAAAUCCAGAAGGAAAAUCUUGUAAAUAGUAAGAAAUGUUUUGCUGGUUGCUUCCGAGUACUCAUUUGGCAACUGAUAUAUAUUCUUUUGGCGAAUACAAGUUAUUGUAUUGGUUGUACUUGUAAACCAUGUAAAAUCUUUGGUCCACAACGUGCUGGAAAUAUUUGGCAAGAGAACAUCUUCAGAUGUGGAUCUUAAGGCAAUUUAUGUAUAUCAUCUGUUAACUAUGUCAGUUUUUUAAUCUCUAUUAUUUACUUUGCAGACAUUCUUUAAAAAAGUAUUUCGAGGUAACAAAAUCAGAGAACACAAUUAGAUAUGCGAUCAAGUCCUCCAGGGCUUGUAUGUAAUUAUUCAAUAAUUUUCUCAUGUUGAUUUAUUUUCUGGCAUGAUCCACAUUUGGAUAUCGGUUUUCUGCUGUAUCGGUUGUUUCAAGACAGUUCAAAUAAAAUGGAUCUCCAAACAAGAAGUACACUCUUCAUUGACUCAAAAUUGAGUUACUAUCCGGGGUGUUUGAAUGUGGGAAGUCUCACACCAAAUUUGCUGUCUAAGGUGUUGGUGUAGAACAAACUCAUCUCUAAGCUAAGAACAUCUAGAAAUGAUAACCUUCAGGAGAAAUUUUUAAAAUGAUUUUUGUUUUUCUUC